AUGCAGAAUACGUCGCUGCAAGUGCUCGAGAUCAUGGUGGACGAGUUCGCCAAGCGGGGCAUCCUCGUGUUGCUGGACCUGCACUGCCUUUCCACCAAAGGCACCAACGCCUCGCCCGUUUUUUUUGACUCGAGCCACACCGUUGCCCAGGCGCUCCAGGGCUGGGGGAAGCUCGCGCGGAGUUUCGGCGCGAAAAAAAACGUGCUCGGGGGGGACGUUUUCAACGAGCCCUUGGCCCCAAGAGCUAAAGGCGCUGCCCGCGUGGCGUCGAUCAACGCCGAGCGGGCAAAGAAGCGACAUUGCUGGGCGUCGCCAGACACAUCGGAGCUCUGCGCGUUCGGCAAGGACCUCAUGCAGCUGGCCGCGAGCAGCUGCUCGAGCGGAGCCGGCCGCCUCGAUUCGCACGCCGCCGGCGAGGAGGAGGGAGCAGCCAAAGAGCAAGAGGCCAUCGACCGCGGCCCUGACGUGUCACCGGUGACGCUCGAGCGUGCCACCGAAUGCUCAGGGUCCGAAUUCUGUCCGGAGUUCUCGCCCGAGAUCUCGUCGGUCGGCUCGGCCGGCUCGGGAUCUCCGGCUGCCUUGUUCGCGCGUUUGCUGAGCCUUGGCCUCCUUUUUGGAGGCAUCGCUCAUGACGCGGGCGACGAGAGCAGCAGCGCGCGUGAAGUCCACCUUGAGCGCUCGGCCGCCACGUCGCCAACAGCGAGCGGCAGCGCCGCUGCGGACCCCACACGGAUUUUCGCGCGCAGGCCCAGCGGCUUCUUGCGCGAGCGACGACUUCCUCUCGCGCGAACUCACCACAGUCAGCAAGAGUCGCCGUACACACCGGUGCGCGGGGAGUCGCCCAAAGUGGCUAGGGCACCCAAAUGA